CCGGAGCGCAGGCUGUGCUGGAGCCGCGCCGAGCUCGCCGCCUGGUACCGGCCGGAGCGCAGGCCGGCCCAUUAGCCGCACCGGCCGAACGCUGCGCGGAGCCGGGACCGGCCGGAUCAGGAGGCCUCCGCACGGCCUGAGCACGCAGCAGGUCCGGAGGUCCGGAUUCGCCCCUCUCCGGCCGCCUGGGAACAGAAGAGCAGACAGGAGAGCGGCUUCCAUCCAAGCGCCCGGCGUGGGCCUGGGCGCACAGGGCAGUGGAGACUUCGCCCGCGAGGAGGUGCCCGGCCCUGACUAGGCCAGGCUUGGCCACCGGCGAGCCCGGCAUCCCGGCAGCCACGACCGCGAACCGGCUUCUCAGGUCUCCGCUGGCCCCGGCCUGGCGCAGGGAGCUGUGCCCUCGCCUGUCCGAGUCGGGCCCGGGGGCCAGGGCAGCGGGAUCUGGCCUGGCCCAAAGCUCUGGUGUCCCGGAGCUGGUCGCAGGGGAGCCGCCUCCUGCCCCAGCCCCGCUGGCGCGGAUGUGCCGCUGUCCGCUGGAGCAUCAUGAAGGCAGGAUGACCUCCGCCGGGGCUGCGGCCGCCACUGGCGCUUCUCGGGCGGCUGGACCUCCUGAGGGGUCGGCCGGAAGCCCCCAGGCCCUCGGGCGGCCUGGCGGGGCCCGGGUGGCCGUGGCGGCCCUGGUGUGGCUGCUGGCAGGAGCCACCAUGUCCAGCCUCAACAAGUGGAUCUUCACCGUGCACGGCUUCGGGAGGCCCCUGCUGCUGUCGGCUCUGCACAUGCUGGCCGCGGCGCUGGUGUGCCACUGGCGGGCCCGGCGCCCCGUGCCCGGGAGCACCCGCCGCCGCGUAUUGCUGCUCAGCCUCACCUUCGGCACCUCGAUGGCCUGUGGCAACGUGGGCCUGAGCGCGGUGCCCCUGGACCUGGCGCAGCUGGCCACCACCACCACCCCGCUGUUCACCAUGGCCCUGUCGGCGGCGCUGCUUGGCCGCCGCCACCACCCGCUGCAGUUUGCCGCCAUGGGCCCGCUCUGCCUGGGGGCCGCGUGCAGCUUGGCCGGGGAGUUCCAGGCACCUCCCGCCGGCUGCGGCUUCCUGCUGGCUGCCACCUGCCUUCGAGGGCUCAAGUCCGUGCAGCAGAGUGCCCUGCUGCAGGAGGAGAGGCUCGAUGCGGUGACCCUGCUCUACGCCACCUCCCUGCCCAGCUUCUGCCUGCUGGCCGGCGCCGCCCUGGUGCUGGAGGCGGGGGUGGCCCCGCCGCCCGCUGCCUCCGACUCCCGCCUCUGGGCCUGCAUCCUGCUCAGCUGCUUCCUGUCUGUGGUCUACAACCUGGCCAGCUUCUCGCUGCUGGCCCUCACCUCCGCCCUCACCGUCCACGUCCUGGGCAACCUCACCGUCGUGGGCAACCUCGUCCUGUCCCGGCUCCUGUUUGGCAGCCGUCUCAGCGCUCUCAGCUACGUGGGCAUCGCGCUCACCCUUUCUGGAAUGUUCCUUUACCACAACUGCGAGCUCGUGGCCUCCUGGGCAUCCCGCUGGAGACUGUGGCGGAGAGACAAGCCCGGCAAGGGUCUUUGAGACCUGGGGCGGACCCACCCUGAACUCAACCUUGGCCAGCGGCCGAGGGAAAGGCAGGGGGCCGGCAGCCCCCGCCACCAGGGCCGUGGAAGGGGGCGGCACCUGCCUUGGAGGCCGCAAUGGAGGGCUCCCAGAGAGACGUGCGUCCCGUCCAGCCUGCCUCACUCCUUUCACAGACGCCCCCACCACUGGAUGGUGGGCCCCAGCCUGGCCCCAUCGCUGUGCUUGUCAGAUUGAUUCUGGUGAUGGAUGUCAACCACUACGCUGAAAACUGGGCACACUUUGUAAACCUCCAUGUGUUAUAUGACGAUGAUGAUGGCGACAACUCUGGGAGAUUUCACAGUCCUUCCCCGAGUCGGGGAGGCAGCAAGGGGGCCCAGGAAGGACUUCCUGGCGGCUGCCCACCCCCGCCGGGAAUUGGGGUAAUUGGUGCCAACCCCAGGCAGCUGCUGCCGUGGUGCCUGCCAGUUUUGAGUCUUCCGUCCUCAAAUACACUAUUUUUGCUUGGACACCUGUGUGAAUCCCUGGGGGGAGAGGGAGCAGCCAUGAGAAUGUAGGACGUACCAAAUGUCACCGUCGCUGGAACCAGGCCAUUCUCCCUGGGCCACCGCAGGCCGUGCUGGCCCCUAGCCCAGCCCCGCGCCAGCCAGGCCACAGACCCUGGAAACAUACUCUGGAAGAGGGACAGAGUCAGAACUUCCUACCCCAGACCACAAGGCCUCAGGCUCUGGCCCCUGUGGGCCUCCCCCGGGCUCCUGUCUCACUUUUCUUCCCCUUGGCUCCACCCCCAGCCUCAUCAACUUCCUUCAGAUCCCCAUGGGUGCCUCCCUUGUCAUGGUCCAAACCCAAACCCAUGAUUCCUCCAGAGAGA